AUGGCAGCCAAGAGGGUAGUGGUGUACCGGAAUGGGGACCCUUUCUUCCCAGGCCGCCAGCUGGUGGUCACUCAGCGCCGCUUCCCCACCCUGGAGACCUUCCUCAGAGAGGUCACGUCAGCGGUGCAGGCCUCACUGGCGGUGCGUGCCCUGUACACUCCUUGUCAUGGCCACCCUGUCACUGACCUGGCCGACCUGCAGAACGGAGGGCAGUACGUGGCUGCUGGCUUUGAGCGAUUCUGCAAGCUGCACUACUUGCCCCCUGGAGGGAAGGAUCCAGGUGGGAAAAGCAGCAGACUACCAUGUUGUCCUGUGACUCAGCACCCAGGUGACGGAGCGCUUGGAUGGAGACCUGCAGGCUCUCCCUGCUAUAUCCAUGUGUUCAGGAACGGGGACCUGCUAAGUCCCCCAUUUGGCCUGAAGCUGUCCCAGGCUGCCAGCGAGGACUGGGAGACAGUGCUGAAGCUCCUGACUGAGAAGGCCAAAUUACAGAGCGGGGCGGUGCGCAAACUCUGCACCCUGGAGGGCCUCCCGUUGUCAGCAAGGGAGGCUCUGGUGAGUGGCCGUUACUAUGUGGCUGUUGGAGAAGAUGAAUUCAAGGCUCUCCCCUAUCUGGAGCUGCUGGUGCCUAACCCCUCACUGCCCAGGGGCUGCUGGCUUCCUCGAGACCCAAAGUCUAAGCCCCACAAGCAAGGGGCCCGUGGCCACAGGACACACGCAACCCGACCCCCUCCAAAGGAACCAAGCCAGACUGAGCAAUCUGCUUUCUAUGCCAGAGCCCAGCAGGCUACUCGGUCAAGAAGCCUGCUCCCCAUGCUCUCAUUUCCAUCAGGAGUGUAUCGGGCUCCCCAGCCACGGAAGGAAACAGAAGGGGCCCAGGAAGUAGCCGAUGAUGCAGACACCCGGACAGAGGAACCCCUGGAUCAGAGGCCAGCACAGAUAGUGGAAGAGGCCCUGCCCCUGGAGAACCAGCUUGGAGCUGGGGCAGCUAUCUCCACCUCGGCCCCUGCUCCUCCAUCUUGA